UCCCUCUCAAGCUCACCUAUUUUUCUUUUUCUUUAGCCCACACUUUCCUAUCACCCCCAAAACUUCCUAAUUAAAGGCUCCAGAGAGAGAUUUGAAUAAAGAAACGAAGCAAAUAUGAGAAGCAUUGCCAGGAUGAGCGCAGCAACAAAAGCUUCUUCCUUUAUGUCACCAACACCAUCUGUGGCACACGCACAGCCGCAGCCGCAGCGCUCUCCAUGGCACUCUCCGGUGCCUUAUCUCUUCGGAGGGCUCGCCGCGAUGCUGGGUCUCAUAGCUUUCGCUUUAUUGAUCUUGGCUUGCUCUUACUGGAGGCUCGCUGGGCAGUUGGAUGAGAGGGAAGGCCAGGACGAGAGGGAUUUGGAGAGCGGUGCCGGCGAAGCAAAAGAAGCAGGGGACUCUGAAAGCAAGGUGGCGAAGGUGUACGAGGAGAAGAUCCUGGUGAUCAUGGCUGGUGACAAGAAGCCCACGUUCUUGGCCACCCCUGUAUGCGCUAAAGCUGUGUCUUUUGGUUAUGGGAGUGAAGUGAAAAGUGAGAACAAAGAGCGAGACAGGGCAGAGAGCUGUGAGACGAUGAAAAAGGAGGUGGGUGAUCGUAACGAGCAUGCUACGACUGAAGAAAAUAGAGACUCUCAAGAGAACCCAGACGAUCAAGAGCACAGCCAGUGAGCCGCUUGGUUUCUUUUUGGCCUCCACAAGAGGGAUUUUGAUGACUGUUUUCCUCUGUUUGUUUCCUUCUUUUUUUUUUUUUUUUUUUGGGUUUUGGGUUUUGGUUCGUUUAGUAUUCGGUCAUGUAAAAAAAUCGCUGAGAUCAAAUAGAAGACGACGGAGUUUUUUCUUCCCA